AUGUUUCGGCCACAGAUCAGGCAGAUUGCUCUGCAAUGUGAACGUGCGAGAUUUGGUCUCUCCGCGCCUGCUCGUUCGUUCUCCUGUUCCCGUACAGUGGCUGCUGCAGAUCAAAACCAACCGUCCGGCCAAAAGCCCAACACCCGUCCUCCAUCAGAGGCACGCCCCCGCCAGCCUCGCAAACCCAAUGGCCCUCCGGCUCGUCCCAACCAGAACCAACCUCGCCCUGCUCGAGUGGUUGACGCAAGAUCAUUUGCUGCGACAAAAGCUAGCGGUGGAGAGCAACCCAAGAUCAUUCGCAGCCCGAGAUUGCGCACCGCUCGCGGCGGCAACCAAGGCCAAAAUCGCAAAUCCAAACCCUCCGCUAAGGGCAAGGGUCCACGAAAGGACCAGCGCCGAAACGCAACUUCAUUUGAAAACGCCGAGGGCGAAGAGGCCGAAGCGGCGGCUAUUGAGGCCGUUGAGCAAGAGCAAAUCUUGAAAGACCGGCCCGUUCCUAUUCGCUAUGAGCCUCAGGAAAUCACCUACUCUACAUUGAGAGAGACUUGGCCUUCGAUUCCCACAGAUGCGAACUCGCGCUCCGCUGCCGUUUACGAGAAGCUUGUCAGCCUAAGCGGUCGCUUUGCCAAUGGCUACGUCCCGCCUCAUGAGCUUGGAAGACGCCUCUGGAAGGGUCAAAGCGUUCUUUUCAGCAGUGAGGCCGAGAAGUCUGAGGCUUUGGAGGAGACUAAGCGGUUGGCCCAGCUUCGUGCAGACCAGAUUUCGCAGCGCAAGGGUGACCUUGUGCAGCCUCGCACUGUUGAAUUCAACCCCAUCAAUGCGGAGAGCACCAAAACUCUCAUGGAGACGCUCGCGCAGGGCAAAUAUCCAACGGCCGAGGCCAAGAAGGAGGGGCCAGCCGUAUUGGGCGAGGUGACAAGAAAUCUCAUGAACAAUGGGACAUACCAAACAACUGGGAAAACCUCCCAAUUCAUGACCAAGCUCGAAUCACUUGUCUCUGGCAGCACCAAGCGUGCCUGA